UGGCUGCUGGGUACUGCAUGCCGUCCUUCCUUUGCUUCUCCCCUCCCUGCUCUCCGUCUCCACCCCCUCCGGUCGCUCUGCUCCCCGGCGUGACUCGGCACUGAGAGCGCCGGGAGAAAGGCCGCGGUCUCCACCUCGUCUGUCCAGGCCUCAGCCUUCUAUAGCUUCCUCCUUCUCUGCCGAGCCUUCUUCCCCUUCAGUUUUGAAGUCAGGGGCGUCGCCGCCGCCCUGCUGGGCUUUCUGUGAGGAUGGUGGGAGUGAAGCCGGUCGGGAGCGACCCGGAUUUCCAGCCGGAGCUAAGCGGCGCGGGCUCCAGACUCACCGUGGUCAAAUUCACCAUGAGAGGGUGUGGACCAUGUUUAAGGAUUGCUCCAGCAUUCAGUUCCAUGAGUAAUAAAUAUCCACAAGCAGUUUUCUUAGAGGUAGAUGUACAUCAGUGCCAGGGAACAGCUGCCACCAACAAUAUAUCAGCAACACCUACAUUUCUGUUUUUUCGAAACAAAGUGAGAAUUGAUCAGUAUCAAGGAGCAGAUGCUGUGGGAUUAGAAGAAAAAAUUAAGCAGCACUUAGAAAAUGACCCUGGAAGCAAUGAGGACACAGACAUUCCAAAAGGCUACAUGGAUUUAAUGCCUUUUAUUAACAAAGCUGGCUGUGAGUGUCUUAAUGAAAGUGAUGAACAUGGAUUUGACAACUGUUUACGAAAAGACUUGUCCUUCUUGGAAUCUGACUGUGAUGAGCAGCUGCUUAUUACCGUGGCAUUCAACCAACCUGUUAAGCUUUAUUCCAUGAAAUUUCAAGGGCCGGAUAAUGGUCAAGGUCCUAAAUACGUAAAAAUUUUUAUCAACCUACCCCGAUCUAUGGAUUUUGAGGAGGCAGAAAGAAGUGAACCAACUCAAGCUUUGGAACUAACAGAGGAUGAUAUUAAAGAAGAUGGCAUUGUCCCACUUCGUUAUGUUAAGUUUCAGAAUGUUAACAGUGUAACUAUAUUUGUUCAGUCCAAUCAAGGUGAAGAAGAAACAACAAGGAUUUCAUAUUUUACUUUUAUUGGUACUCCAGUCCAGGCAACAAAUAUGAAUGACUUCAAACGAGUAGUUGGCAAAAAAGGAGAAAGUCACUAAGGUACAAAAGACACUGGAAGAGCAUAUUGCAAUCAAAUCUACAGCUCCUGGAUAAUUGCUUGAUUCUCGCCAGAGACUGUCAGUGUUCCUUUAUUGCCAUUACCAAUAAAUCAUUGCUUUUGUUCACAUGGUUUCACCUGUGUUUCUGUUGUAAUCUUGAUACAUGCAAUUGUAAAUAAAAGUCACUACCUUUGCCAA